UAAACAUACUCAUUAUGGCUCUAGAUUCCAGGUGUUUGAAAAAUGCAAAAUUCUGCUGCUUUGAAUAUACCUUGUAUCCCUCAUUUACUCAAGUGUUUCCUUUAUUUUGGCAGUUACCUGUACAUAACAUUCUAGGACAAACACAUGCCAUACAGCAAUUAGCUGCUACACACUAAUUUAACUGCUACACACUAGCUCAGGGAUUAAAAGCAUAUCAGGGUGAAGGGACACUGCACCAAUGCUUGAACAGCUUCCUGCUAUCCUACAAAAACUCUAGUUUAGUUUCCUGUCAAGUCAAACAGCAGUCACCUAGCCAUCUUCCAUCUCUUCACUGCUUUCGUCAACUCAACUGAGAGAUAAGUCGCGCUGUUCAGUGUUCCCUCACUGCAUCUGCGCUCUCCACAGUCCUAAAGCCAUCUAGUCAAUCAAAGCCUUUGCGCCCGCUCCAAGGCGUCCACAUGGUCCUAAAGCCAACUCCUGAACUCUUUUCUCUCCAAUCUGAGCAAGAUUGACAGCGCUCUGAUCCAAUGAGAAUGGGGGGAGGGGCAAUUAAGGGUGGCCAGUCAUAUUUUAUAUACCUGGCCAGGUAUAUCAAAUAAUUAUCUUUCAAGUGAUUAUCACUGGUGAAAGUAGAGAGCCAACAGAGACACUACUAGAGGCAAACACUCAGUCAGUUCAACAUUGUGAGAGACGGUAAGAGAGGUAGAGGUAGUGCCCUUAAAGGUUUGACUCUACAGUUCUUGUUGAGACUAUUCACUCAUAACUCACAGGACCUAACAUCCUAGCUGAGUCCAGACUGGAGCCAUGUCUCCAGAGAAGGAAAGCAAUGGUCUUGAAAACUACGCAUUUGCUAUUAAUGGGCGUUUCUGUGAGCUGGAGAAGAAUGGAGAGGUCUCUGAACUCUCUGAGGAGGAUGACAAGAACAAAGUGGCCUACCGUGUCACAGACGUCCCACCCUGGUACCUAUGCAUCAUCCUUGGCAUCCAGCAUUUACUGACAGCGUUUGGGGGGAUAAUCGCCAUCCCUCUGAUCCUGUCUCAGGGUCUGUGUCUGCAGCAUGACAGCCUGACCCAGGGUCACCUCAUCAGCACCAUCUUCUUUGUGUCAGGUGUGUGCACCCUGCUGCAGGUCACCUUCGGAAUCAGACUGCCCAUUGUUCAAGGGGGUACCUUUGCCUUGCUGGCUCCCUCCAUGGCUAUGCUUUCAAUGCCAGAGUGGACGUGCCCUGCCUGGACCCAGAAUGCUUCCCUGGUCAACACCACCUCUCCUGAGUACAUAGAGGUGUGGCAGAGCCGCAUGCGAGAGCUGCAGGGCUCCAUCAUGGUGGGCUCUUUGUUCCAGGUGCUGGUGGGUUUCUCAGGCCUCAUCGGUUUCUUCAUGCGUUUUAUUGGCCCCCUCACCAUCGCUCCCACCAUCUCUCUGAUUGGCCUGUCCCUGUAUGACUCGGCUGGAAUGAGCGCAGGGAACCACUGGGGCAUCUCAACUAUGACAACUGCUCUGAUCAUCCUGUUCUCCCAGUACCUCCGACACAUCCCUGUACCAUUCCCCACAUACAGCAAGACCAAGAAACUCCACACCUCCAGGAUCUACAUCUUCCAGCUUCUACCUGUGCUCCUUGGCAUCACACUGUCAUGGCUGAUCUGUUACAUCUUCACCAUCUCUAACGUCCUGCCCCCAGAGCCAGAGCAGUACGGCUACCUGGCUCGCACAGACCUGAAGGGGGAUGUCAUAGGCCAGGCCCCCUGGUUCAGAUUCCCAUACCCAGGUCAGUGGGGCUUACCAACUGUGAGCCUGGCGGGAGUGGUAGGGAUCUUGGCUGGGGUGAUAUCCUCCAUGAUAGAGUCGGUGGGGGACUACCACGCCUGUGCCAGGCUAUCAGGGGCCCCUCCACCCCCCAAGCAUGCCAUCAACAGGGGCAUUGGCAUUGAGGGGCUUGGCUGUCUGCUGGCUGGGGCCUGGGGCACGGGCAACGGAACCACCUCCUACAGUGAGAAUGUGGGCGCAUUGGGCAUAACCAAGGUUGGCAGUCGGAUGGUGAUCGUUGCUGGUGGCGUCUUGAUGAUCAUCAUGGGACUAUUCUGUAAAAUUGGAGCCAUUUUCACCACCAUCCCCACACCUGUGGUUGGAGGAAUGUUCUUGGUCAUGUUUGGGGUCAUAUCUGCAGCUGGAGUUUCAAAUCUGCAGUAUGCAGACAUGAACUCCUCCCGGAACAUGUUUAUCUUUGGAUUUUCCAUGUUUUCCGGGCUUGUCAUUCCAAAUUGGAUAUUCAAGAACCCGGAUGCCAUAGCAACAGGUGUGGUCGAGCUGGACCAACUGCUGCAGGUGCUUCUGACAACCAGCAUGUUUAUUGGAGGCUUCUUUGGGUUCUUCCUUGACAACACCAUUCCAGGAACCUUGCAGGAGCGGGGCAUCAAAGCCUGGAACAAGAUCCCCCUUGAUGACUCCAGCAACACCUUGGAGAGCAGCGAGGUGUACAACCUUCCAUUUGGAAUCAGCUCUUGUCUCUCCUCCUACUCCUGGGUUCGAUAUGUGCCGUUCCUCCCUCCAAAUACACCCAGCUCACAGGACAAGACCGAGGUGGACUCUUUGGAGACCAUGCAGCAGCCUGUGAAGCCAGAGCUUAUCAUCAGAUCAGUGGCCCUAUGAACACUGGCUAAAACAACAACAAUAACAGAGGCAGCUCUUGUGACAUGGACCUCCUGUUCUGUUCUAUUUCGUCUAAUAUUUUCUACUCACUUCUUGUAAAGAUUUGAUUAUGCAUUUUCUAAAUUAACUUUUGGCAGGAAUAUUUUGGCAUUUACCCCCUUUUCUCCCCAAUUUCAUGAUUACAAUUUUGCCUCAUCGCUGCAACUGCCCAACGGGCUUGGGAGAGGCGAAGGUCGAGUCAUACAUCCUCCGAAACAUGACCCGCCAAGCCGUGCUACUUAACACCCGCUUGCUUACCCCGGAAGCCAGCUGCACCAAUAUGUCGGAGGAAACACUGUUUAACUGACGACCUGAGUCAGCCUGCAGGCUCCCGGCCCACCACAAGGAGUCGCUAGAGCGUCCCCUAACCCGGACUGCGCUGCGCCGUCCUAUAGGACUCCCGGACACAGCCUGGGAUCCAACCCCAGGCUGUAGUGACGCCACAACACUGCGAUACAGUCCCAGACAUAUUUUGUAAGUAAAUUGUUGUAAAUUGUUGUUAGUUUUUUUCUUUUUGAUGGAACUUGUAUUUUACUGAUAACACACUGUAUAGGAACCGUAUAAUAAUUUUACUAAAAUUGCUUUUUAAAUAAAAAUCUUUAAUGUUUUAAUAGCUGUAAACAUACUUGAUUUCCAAGUGUGUCCAGGUUAGCAUUAGUAAUAAACCUUUCCAAGAGUUUAAAAUCAAACAAAAACAAAUAAAAAACUGCAAUAUGAUUAAAGUGUAUCUCAGAAACUGUCA